CUGCUCUUCCCGACCCUGUUGCAACCCGAAAGCCCCCCAAGUUGCCGGCAACAAUUUCCUUGAGAAAAACCGGUAAAGCUUGAUGAUUUUCCCUCCUUUCUUGUUCAAGAACCAACUUAGGACUUAGAAAUCCUCCCCUUGCAGGAAAUUUUCCAGAUCUGCUCGGUUUCUCCCCCUCCCCUGUCCGCGAGCUGCAGCUUGUGAUGCGAAUUCUGGGCAUUUUUCUUGGUAAGAAACAGCCAUGAUUUCAUCCUUUUAGCUUUGAUUUAAGUGGGUUUACUUUGAAUUGUGUUUUGGUUCUUGAAUUUUGGUAGUUCCCGUUAGUCCCCUACAGAAAUUCCCGCCGGCAUCUCCCCCCUGCUAGGUCCGGUUUGCAGCUGGAAAAUUCUGAAAGUGAAAUCGAGGACGGGGGAACCACGGGAAGUGACGAGUUAGAAGGCUAGCCAUUUCGAGAUUGAUACAGAUUUUAGAAAUAAAUCAUGAUCUUGUAAACUAGAUUUUAAUUGUAGAUUUUAUGAUAUCAGAGAAAUUUUAGAAAUUUUAUAUUCAGAUUUUGAUGGUAUCAAAUGUGGUAUGAUUAGUUCCGAGCCUUAUGCAUUUGUGGGAUCCUCUCAUGAGUGCACGACGUUUGUCGUGCCUCGGAUUUGGGUUCUGGAGUGUGACAGUAUACCAGAAAAGAGGCUUUAAUACGGGUAAAAAAUUGAAGCCCACUUAUGUCUUAAAUAAGGAGCAAAGAAAUCAGUGUGCCAAUGGCUAAAGAAUCUUAGAUUUCUUGAUGGUUUUACAUUCAAUAUCUCUCAAUGUGUGAAUAUGUACGAGGUGAAAGUUAGCAAGAUGAAGAGUCAUGAUUGUCACAUAUUCAUGCAAAGUCUCCUUCCAAUCGCAUUUCGUGAUUUUCUCCCAAAGCAAGUUUGGGAAGCACUUACUGAGAUCAGUGAAUUGUUUAGAGCCUUAUGUUCUUCGACUAUUUGUAUUACAGAUAUGGAGAUUUGGCAUCCACCCGAAAGAAAAAAAGGGGAAACCCAGCCAUGCCUUGAGGAAACCGGUAGAGAGCUUGAUUUUUCCCUUCUUUUCUUGUCCAAGAACCUGAUUUGGAACCCAAAAAUCUCCCCCCCUGCAGGAAGCUUCCGGAUCUGCUCUGUCCGGUUGCUGCUCCUGCCGAUUGUGGGUGCAAAUUCCUUAAAUUUUCGAUAAGCAAUAGCCCUUAAUUCCCUUGUUCUUGCUUGAAUUGGCUUGGGCUGACUCUAAACCCUCUUGAUUUCUCCAAUUUCCCGUGGAUUGCAUGAUUUUCUCCUGCAGAGUGCCGCCGGCCUCCCCCAAUCUGUAGCUCCGGUUUUAGCUGGAGAAUUAUGGUUUCUGAUCGUUUUGUCAGUUUAGCAUUGUGACCGAGUCUUCGGUUUUAUGCGAGUGAGGUAAGUAAAUUAUGGUAACGCCCUUUGAUUUUUAAAAGCAUGUUUUGAUUUGUUUUUGAAGUGGUGGCGGGACUAAACCCGUUUUACUCGA